AUGUCAGGGUUGUUAUGCGAACUGGUUUUACACAGUUUAGAAAAGCACGUUGUUAAUAGCUUGAAAAAGGAUAUUGUAUUUUACAAAGGAUAUGUGGACGAUGUGUGCGUUAUCUGGAGAAAGGGCGAAAGAAUACACGAGUUCCUACAUGCUGUUAACAGCACCAACAAUGAUGGUUUGAAACUGAAACUAGAGCAGAAGAGUCACGAACGAAUACAUUUUCUGGAUAUUGACAUACAAUUAAAAGGAGAUUGCAUAACAAGGAGCAUUUACAUAAAACCUACGCACAGUCCUCUCUACAUACCAGCUAACACGAAUGAUCCAUAUGGGUAUAAAAUGUCAGCAUUUCGUGCACUCAUUAGAAGAGCGUUUACUUAUUGCUCUAAUGUAUUAGACAGGAUUAAAGAGAUUGACAGAAUCGAGGAAGUAGCUUCAAAAUUGGGUUACCGCAAAAGUACAAUUGAAGGGCUAAUUAAAAGUUAUGAAAGAGGCGAGAGGUUAAGGACCGGAACAGAUCAAUUUAAGAUCACCAAAUUCACAUAUAAUAAACACUUCAGAAACAUCAUGAAGCAAGUUUCAGACAAAAGACACUCCAAAAUUGUUUACAAAAAAGGUCCUAAUUUGUAUAGUAUUCUCAGAAACGACAAGGAUAGGCUUAAGAAAGAAGAAACUGCAAGCGUGUAUAAAAUUCCCUUUAAAAACCAACACCUAGGAAUUAUGAAGGACUAUAUUGGAGUCACUAGACGGAAUUUGGCUAGUAUGCUUAAAGAAUACAGAUAUGACAUUAGUAAGGGACACUGUACCACGGUUUUGUCAAGUAUGGCACAAGCGGAGGUUUCAUUAGUAAAAUGGAAUGAAGCAUCUAUUCUAAAAACUGUGCGGUUCCAAUUGUUGGCUUUGCAACAUGAAAAGAUUGAAAUUUAUAAGAGUAAACUAAGGGACGGCUGUAUCAAUGUAAGGGAUGCUGGUGGUUUAGCUUCGGCAUGGAAGUUCUUUGUAAAAGAAAAGUUAAAAAACAAAAAUUCUUAG